AUGCAGCUAAAUCGUACCUGGAUCGCCCUACUGGGCGCCAUUUCGCUGACCCUCGUCUCACGCGUCUCUGCUGACAAUCCGCAGAUCACAGAUCCAAACCUCAAAGUCAUCCGACAAUUCAACAUUGUCCUGACGGACAAUACCAAAGUGAGCGAUUUGCUCUGCUGCAUGGGUACGCCCAACGAACUACCGUCCAUCAAGGAGUACCAGUGCUUUGAGCAUCAAGAUAUGCAAAUGGGUUCUGCUCCUGGUUCGCGUCGAAUGGGUAUUCAAUUUUGCAGUCAUCUUCCUGGUUCGACUCCGGACGAUGCUUUGAACGCGUUCAAGGAGACGUGCACCAAGGCGACAGGUGAGGUUCUUACACCUGACAAAGGAUAUUGUCCGCAAAUCUGGCCAAACUACGACGAUAAAUAUGUGAAGCCUGCUCCUGUCACCGUGGCCGGGAAUGGAGGCGAUGUGGCUCCUACACCCGCUUCGCCUCCUCCUUCGGCCCCGGAUGCAGGCGGCAAGACCACCAACGAUGCGGACGGCUUCAAAACUAAAGGCACCUUCCUCUACACACUGGUCGAUUACGCCAUCACUCGAUCGCUCGCUUGCUGUAAAGGCUCUUCACAACCCAUCAUCAAACCUCAAAAGUACAAGUGCGCUCAACGCAAAGUCGAGGGCAAAGUGUUCAUGUCGCAAUGCACUCAGAUGCUUGCCAGUAUCACCAAGGCCAAGAAGCUCGAAGGAUUUACCACACUUGAGGGUGACAGCAGUGUGAUUGUCGACGACAAGACGAAACAACAGUGCAGCGCAACGUGGACCAACGCUAUGUCUUUCGUCUACGGAUUCUGUCAGUUGGAUUAUGACGGCGCGAGGGAUGAUGCUAUCAAAGCGUUCCAGGAUGAUUGCAGUGCAAAGGGCGGAGAGGCGAAGGAACCCCACGACGGAAUGUGUUUGUGGAACGUCGACGAUGCUGCGAUCGACAGCACUUCUGCUUAG